UUAAAUAUUUCUAUUGGCAAAGUUGAAAUUUUUGGAUAAAAAAAAAAAUCAGCAAAACAUGUCGGAGAAUCUUGGCUCUACCUCAUCCCGUUCAUCGUCGUUCUUAUCAUCAUCAUCAUCAGCCUUGCAUUUUUCUCUUUGAUUUCUCUGUAAGGACAACCAAUCCCAUUGUGACGCUUUCUACCAAGAUAGAUAGAGAGAGAGAGAGAUGCUAAUUGUAAUAGGUGACGGAGGAAGUAUAUUGUUUUCCUUGGUCAGAUAUUCAAAUAGGAGUUUAGGACAUUGUUGAUACUGCUAUUUCUUUUAUCAAGAGGGUUUUUGUCGUGCUGCCCGCGGCUGCUAUGCAUGUUUAUUGCUAUCUGAAGGAAUGGAGAAUGUUGGAUUUUUAACAGCUGCCAUGUAUAUUUAGACCAAAUUGUAUGGGGUGUUCUGACAUCUGGAAAGGAUCAUGGUUCAGUUCUUAGAAGGAAUAAAGCAUUUGUGUGUUGCAGUGAUUAAUUGUUGUGAUGCUGAUUUGUAUAGACACCCAAAGGGUUUGGAAGAUCCAGAAGCUUUAGCAGGGGAGACAGUUUUUAGUGUAAGUGAAAUAGAAGCCUUGUACGAGUUGUUUAAGAAAAUUAGCAGCGCAGUAAUUGAUGAUGGACUGAUCAAUAAGGAGGAAUUCCAACUUGCAUUGUUCAAGACUAACAAAAAGGAGAGUUUAUUUGCAGAUCGGGUAUUUGACUUGUUUGACACAAAGCAUAAUGGAAUACUAGAUUUUGAAGAGUUUGCUCGUGCUCUCUCCGUCUUUCAUCCUAAUGCAUCAAUUGAUGAAAAAAUUGAAUUUUCCUUCCAAUUGUAUGACCUUAAACAGCAAGGGUUCAUUGAGAGACAGGAGGUAAAGCAAAUGGUAGUAGCUACACUUGCUGAAUCUGGUAUGAAUCUAUCGGAUGAUGUUAUAGAAAGUAUUAUAGACAAGACCUUUGAAGAAGCAGAUACCAAACAUGAUGGGAAGAUUGACAAGGAAGAAUGGCGCAGCCUUGUGUUGCGACAUCCCUCCCUUUUGAAGAACAUGACUCUCCAAUAUCUUAAAGAUAUCACCACUACAUUCCCAAGCUUUGUAUUCCACUCACAGGUGGAUGAUACCUGAAUCUCAGGCGCAUCAAGUUUGAUCGUAUAUACUGGGGAAGACUUUGCUUCGCCUAUUUCCGGAUAAUUGUCAUUUGUGUGCAUAAGUUCAAGUUACUUUUGAUCAUCACUUGUAGAUCUCCAAUUACUAAAACAUUAUCUCUCUUUUGUUUUUGGGGAUAGAGAGGGCUCUUAGCUUGAAGAACUGGGUUGCGGAUGUUUGUUUGUUUGUUAAUUUGAUUGGGAAUAAACGGGAAGAUAAAUCUGUUUAUCUGUUUCAUAAUUUGCAUGCCAUUGUAUUCUGAGGAAUUAUGUGUUUUUAACACAGCUUCUUGUGCUGAUGAGUCACUGCCACGUCUAUCCCAACUUCUCUUUUAUCUUUAAAA